CAACUAGACACGGAGAUGCUCAGGGUGGAUGUGCAGGCGGCAAGGAGAAUAUACGACCACAUGAACGCGAAGAAAAAUAUCAGCUGCAGCUCCGUCAUCGAGUUAUUUCUGUCGUUUCCGGAGGUGAUUCCCGGAGCGGAGGACUCGGAUCAGGUGGGAACAAAACGUAGUUUUGAAGACAUUUAUGUCUCCUGUGAAUAUGCCUGCUUGGGCUCCUCUUCGGUUUCAGUUUUUCUCUUGCGGUACAACUUGUGAGGCCGCUAGGACGAUGUUAUGCUGUACCUCUAGUGUAGAAGUAAAGUUUUGGACGGACGAAUGUACUAGAUUCCCAAUUAAAUCGAGUUGCCCGUAAAGUAAAGAAUAAAGAAAUACCUACCACAAAAAUCUUCAGGUUGCCAUGAACAGCACCGCCCUGCUGACCAGUCUCCGCAUGUUAGAAGAGGCUACCUGGGCCUUAGAUCCUCACCCCGGCUCCUCUUCUACCACUUCCACCCUGCAUUCCCAAUCCACC